CCUUAUUCAUUCAGUCCGCCUUCGAUUUAUUUUUGGCCAAAUGCAACGGAAAACGUCACAUAUGGGACACUUGAAGAUGCGCUGAAACAAUUUAAUGAAUGUUAUCGAAUAAGGGGAUCGCUAUUUUGUCCGCAUAAGAUCGCAGAUAAAGUCAUCGAAAUUUGCGAUUGGUUAACAGAAGGCGUGAAGAUGUGGAAUUGGUUCAAUAAAUUUUAUCUGUUUUAUAUGGGCCGAAAACAGCAAAAAAAAGUUUGCAAAAAGAACGCUGAACUGCCGUCCGAAUAUUGCUUCGACGACGUACGUCCAGAUUCGGAUGGCAGAAACGAAUGGGAAAGGAUUAGGUACAAAUGUUACCCGAGUGUGGCUGUUCGUCGCGGGAAUCGACUGAUGGGUAUUGGAUACUUGCGGUUUAGAUCCGAGUAUGUUUACCAUGAACAUUCCUCCAUCCCGCAAGAGGACGAAUCCUCAGUCAAAUCAGCCCUCAAAACACGAUUUUAUCAAAAAUGCAUCAGGUCAGUCCAACUUCAACGCGAAUUAAUUUGA